GUUUUAGGUAUUAAAAAGGUGGCAAGAUGCUCGGGCCGACUGCCCUGAAAGGGUUGCCUUUGUCAAUUCAUCAUGUUGAAUUCUAUGUUUCUAAUGCUUUGCAGAGUUCCUAUUGGUACUGCAUCAGUUUUGGUUUUCAACGAUUUGCCAAGAAAGAAAAUGCUCGGUGGAGGAGUAUAGCCAUCCGGAAUGGAAAUAUCGUUUUCAUCUUUACGACGUGCAAACUUCAGGAUAAAGAUUUCAUGGAACAUUUGACUCUCCAUGGCGAUUCCGUUAGAGAUGUGUCAUUUCUUACUAAUGAUAUAAGUGCUGCUGUUAAGCGCAUAGUUGAAGAAGGUGGAUUUCUGGUGAAGCCGAUUGAAAUUGUUGCUGAUGAUGAUGGUUUCGUAAAAACCGCUGUGAUUAGUUCACCGGAAUGUGACGUCUGUCAUAGUCUGUUGGAUUCAAAAACAUAUCGAGGGUUUUUUUUGCCAAACUAUGAACAAUACGAUUGUAGCAACGAUAUUCUGAAAUCAGUGGAAGAAAUAUCGAUCGUUUCGGUAGAUCAUCUCGUAAUCAAUUAUCCAAUAGAUUUUGUGAAACCCGCUUUGCGUUACUAUCAUCAAAUAUUUGAUUUUGAAGAAAUAUGGUCUGCUGAUGAAUCGAUAUUCAGUUCGAGUCGUUCUGGUAUGAAAAUCGUAUUGAUAGCGAAUAAAUCGAAAUCAAUACAGAUAGGCUUCGCUGAACCAAUUCCGAGAGCUGUAGGAGUGCGAAGCCAAAUACAGGAAUUUCUGGAUUACAAUGGAGGUGCUGGUGUCCAACAUAUAGCAUUCUUGGUUGACGAUAUUAUUCAAACGGCGGAACGAAUGAAACAAAGAGGUGUCGAAUUCAUUCCUAUUCCCGACGAAUACUAUACCGAUCUUGAAGCGCGUCUUGCCAUUUCCCCAGUGAAUUUGCUGGAAAGCUUUGAAAAAAUCAAAGAGCUCCGAAUUCUGAUGGACUUUGAUGAUCAUGGAUAUUUGCUACAGAUGUUCACCCAGCCUGUCCAGGAUCGACCUACCCUUUUUUUCGAAGUAAUUCAACGAAAUAAUUAUUCCGGUUUUGGUGCUGGAAAUAUAAAUGCUUUGUUCAAUGCAGUAGAGAAAGAGCAGGAGAGACGUGGAACUCUCCACCAUGGUUUGUAA